UUCUAGCUAGUUUUCUCUGUCACAAGUGCAGGCAGGAACCGCAGAAGAAGAACUCCACUCAAUUUGUUUACAUCAGGAGGAGGUGACAGAACGGAGCCUAUUCUGACAGUAUGGCUCAAACUUUCAGUCUAUGAAUUACUAUGACUUAUAACAUCAACUGACAGGGAGCCAUGGGCGCUUUAGCUUGUCUUUCUGUACUGUGCUCGUUGUGGCUUUGCCCGCUAAUUUCCAGCGAACAGGUUGCAUUUGUAGAGGUGUUUCUGGAAGACCACCAGGAUGUUUUUCAGGGUGAGGUGGUCCAGGGGAGUAUGGAGAACGACCCCAUGGAAAACCACAGCAAAAAGAAACAUGACCUCAAAGGAGACCUCAUAUUAAUAAAAGAUGAAGCUCUUGAAAGCAACAGUGAAAGCAGUGAUGGGAAGGAUCAGAACCCAUGGAUUGGACUGGUACCUGUCCAGAUGGAGGAAGGCACAGUUUCCAGUAACCAGGAGUCAUUUGCUGCCUCUGUGGUCAAUAAGAUGAAGCGUGCUCUUGUUUUUGGUGCAUCUGCUUUGAUCAUACUGGCAUUAAACCAGAAUACUGUCAGAGAGAUGGAUCUCUCCCAGGUCCUCUCAAAGCCAAUCAUUGUCAUUCAGACAUCAGAAAAUGUCACUAAGCUCAUUGGAGCACUCCUCAGGGGCCUUCAUGCGACAGCAAAAAUCACUUAUAAGACUUUUCUACAGGAUAGCCUGGGGGCCACCUUGACCCUGUGGUCCAGCUGUGGCCGUUCAAGAGGAGGGUUGUAUGGGGAAUGGCAGGGGGUCAUCUGCACCGGGGAGACCAACUCUCAGGUUCAGAAAUAUCUCCAGCAGCUCUGGAACACUGUUGUUUUGGUGGCCCUUGUCCUUUCCACAGGGGUCAUAGUUCAAGCACGCUGGCAGUACCAGGACAACCAGUUUAAUGAUGAUUUAGAGUCAAACCUAAAGCAAGACAUUUUAAAGAGAUUAUCAGCAUUGAAGACGAGGACAUACCGGCAGCCCAAAGUGAGGUGCGACCCAACACAAACUCAGCUGGUGGAGACAGACAGUUGUGCAGUUUGUCUGGAGCAAUACAACAACAACCAGUGUUUGAGGGUGUUACCGUGCCUCCAUGAGUUCCAUAGAGAUUGUGUGGAUCCCUGGCUACUCCUCCAGCAGACAUGCCCUCUCUGCAAACGUAGCGUGCUUGGUAAUUUUUAUUAAGCUGGACCAGGACGGAUUCUGGACUAGGAAAUGGUGGAAUUGGAUUGACUCUUCUGAAUCAGACUUUUUAAGGCAACUAAAUCCAUCCUCUUUACUGUAAGGUCAGAAUACCUCCAUGGUAAUGAUCUUUGACCUUUCCAAAGACUAUACCUUGAGUUCUUUUAAGAGACCCCAAGAGUCAGGGCUAGUUCCUGAUCUUUGGGUCAGACCACUUGAGAAGUUCCUUGAAGGUAGGUCCUUGUACACGGGAUCAGUACUUUUACGCACAGAUGAGUACUUUAGUUACAUUUGUUGAACCGGCUCAGCAGUUUACAGAUACACAGAUUGUGAAUUCUUAUGCACAGCAAAAAAAAAACAAAAACAAAAGUAAUGAUUCAGAUCUCUUCAAAAUAAGGGUUGGCUUAAAGUAAAAAAGAAAAGGUAAGAAAUAGCAUUCAUUCACACAUUGCAUAAGAAACAAGUAUCAGUAGAUUAUCAUUUAACCUUUUCCUCUGAUAUGAUACCAGGAAAGGUGCCCAACCUGGGGUGAGUUUCCCGAAAGCAUCGUUGGUGAACCAUGGUCGCAAGUCCCAUUGAACUCUAUUGGUAACGACGGAACUUGCGACCAUAGUUCGCUUUGGGAAACGCACCCCAGGUCCUGUUCCACAAAAGAAAAAAAAAGAUGCAGUUCUUGCCUGGAGCUGGUCCUAACCUUGAAGUUGUGGUCUUUCCAUUUUUUGAGACCAUAUAAAAGUAAUUUUAAACAAAGACAUAAUGCAGUUCGGAGGCCCACACAUUACAUGCAGGACAAAAGAUAUAAAGGCCAUGUUUUAUUCAUUCAUUCCCAUGUUUUAAUUUGUGGCCACGUUGUACCGAUUUGUUUCUAGUUAAAUUGUGGCCAUGACUUAACUAAACUAAAAUGAGGGAAUACAUUUGUACAACGUGGCUAUGAUUUACCCAAUAUUUACAUUACAUGGCCAUGAAAUCGUGUUUUUUUUUUUCUCUCUCUGCAUGUCAAGUAUGGGGCUCUAUAGUGGACGAGUGCCAAACAAUGUAGUGCCAUUGUUUGGCUUUGACAGCUAAACCCCCAGCUCCAGCACUAGCACCAGUUGAGUAGAAAAGGGGCAUGUUAUUCAAUUCUGUUACUCUAAAAUACCCAGUAAAGUGAAGGAUAUAUGAAAGGAGUAUCUGUAUUCCAUACAAAGAGCUUCUUGCUACACAGAGCGACUUUCACUAUCUUAGUGUCACUUUUAAAGAUGAUUUAUAAGGGACUAUAAGUACAUUUACAUGCAUUUGUUAAUUUUAGUUUAAAAAAUCAUCAUUUAGUUUCAAAAUGUCAUGUAAAUGCUUUAAUUUCUUUCAAACAAAAAACACUUUGGAAAGGUACUGUAGGUUUGUUAGUCCAACAAAGCAAAACCCAAAAACCUGACUGGCAUUUCAGUCAGACUCAGGUUCCGUUUACAAAACAACGCUAUGCUUAAAACUGAGAAUUUUUCCACGGACAGACAAAUCAUUCACACAAAUCAGUGAAAACAACUAAAAACACUGUAUUCCAAAAAUCAGAUUCCCUUAAAAAAUAUUUAGCAGCGACACAAAUAAAAAUUCAGCUUUGCCAUUACAGGAGUAAAUAUGUACUUGAAAAUAUAUCUUAGAUUUUUUUAUUUAUUUUAAUAUUGUAAUAAUAUUUAACAAUAUCAUGGUUUUAUUGUAUUAUUAUCAAAUAAAUGCAGCCUUGGUGUAUAUAAUAAACUUCUUUCAAAAACUUUAAAACAAUCUUAUGAUAAAAAAGCAGUAUUAAAAGGGUUAAAUACGUCUUCAAUACACAAGUAUUUAAGACAUGUAUUUAAUUCUUUUUAAUAUUUGAAUAUGCAUUUUCACAUAUACUUGGAUGGACAAAUAAGUACUGUAGCUCGACUACGCAAAAACCUGCUGUAGCUUGAUUAUAUCUGUGCAUGUAAAUGUACUUACAGAUAUAGAAUAUAGGAAUAAGGAAUCUCAUGGCAGCCAAUCAGAGCAUCUCAUUAAAUUAAAUCACAAUCUAUGCUUAUGCCAAAUCUGAGGAACUUCCCCCAUCCCAGCUAUCAUGUCAUCUCAGGAGAGCAUCUGCCAGACAGCAAAACAACCAUUACAUCUCCAAAAAAAAAAAAAAUCACAUUAAACACACAAAGAGGAACAACAAAGAGACACAGUCUUAAUAAGAACAGUAUUUAUUCAUUUUAUCUUCCUAAUGUUUCCUAAGCAUUAUUAAAUAUGCUUUCUGUUACAAAAUGCUUUGAAUUUAUCUUAGCAAGUAGAAAUAUGCUGCUCUACAUGGCAAGAGAACAUUGCCUGUUUGAAGUCUAUAUGAGAAAAAUGACAUCACUCUCUUCCAGAGUGACGAAUGCUCACAGCCUUUGGCACAGUAUGAUUAAUGUGUUGAAUCAGACUUUGCAGCCAGUCUAUACAACCUCAAAUGGGAAGGUUUCUCAAAAGACUGCUCUUAUGUCAAGUCUUAAUCGCUUUCUGAACCUUUAGAGAACUGGAACAGGAUCUUCUGAGCUCCAUUUUUGCUUUAAUAGUGUAAUGUACAGCAUCUUUUGUAGAAAUUUAUUUUAGAUGCUACAUUCUCAAACCUGAUGUUAAAACCUUUAUUUAUUUAUUGAAUUUUACUUAACAGUGCAAUAACUGUUUGUACCUCUCCUUUGUUCAAUAAACUUGUGUGUUACAGGGCAGAAGACAUGGCUCCUUUGCCUUACAACUCUUUGUUAACUUGUCAUACAGUGUUGACUGUCACUAUCAAAAACAUUUAAAAA